AUGCUAACAAAAAUGCAUUAGUAAAUUAGUUAACUCUUGAAUGGUGAAAUACUUUAGAUUAAUUAAUAGAUGAGUCAGAUGAUCAUAUUUAGGAUAUUACAGUUAACAUAGUAUUUUUCUAUAAUUAUGCCUUCUUAUAAUAAUAAACUAGACAGUUUUCACUUGAAUUCAUUAAUCACUAUAUUGAAAGCAUCAUUAUUGGAUUAUGAUAGUAUUCCAAUCUUUUUAGGUUAUAUCUCAAGUUUUAUAAGCUUUGCAAUCUUAAUUUACUUACUAAUACUAAGUUGCUUCAACUUAAAUUAAAUCGCUAUAAUUAAAUAGGCGAUACUAAUAUAUAUUGGAGUACUCCCCCAAUAUUUUUGUUAUCUAUAAAUAUCCAUAACUGUACAUACAUUAAUAAAAUAAGAAAAUAAUUUAUUUGAAUAAAUGCUUGGAACUAUAACCAUAAUAAUAAUAUUUAUUCAAUCAUUUUUAAGUCUAUUAUUUAUGAGAAACACAUAUUUUAGUUAAACUAUAUUAUGUAGAGAUCUCACAAUAAUAGGUUUAUUAUCUCAAGUACUGAAAUUUAUGACAAUUUUAUUUUAUUUUUACAAUAAUGAUGAAGAUAAUACUCUGUAUAUCAUAACAUUGAUAAGUGCCUUAUUAUGGACAAUAUCAGAAAUAUCUGAUAUCAUAUAUUAUUAUCCAUAUAGUUUAUCUGACAAUUAAUUAUAGUUUUGUUUAAAUUCCAUUAAAAUAGUAUGUACCAUAAUGAGAAUUCUGGAUGUAUCACUUUAAUUUGAAUAAGCAGUCAUUAUAUAUCAAUUGAUUUUGAGUGUUUUAGGAUAUUUUGCUAGCAGAUAGAUCUUUCGAGUUUUUCUCUAUAAUAAUUGCUUUAAUCUCUUUUCUUAAGCAAUUUCAAAGGAUUAACAAUCUCUUUACUUCAAAAUAAUUCUAUAUCUUAAAGAACAACAAAAAGAGUAGACUAACAUCUAUUAACCAUUUUUGUGUUGUAAUGUAAUAAAUUUACAUUAAAAAUAUUGUGAAUAGAAAUGCUAAGUAAUGAUUUAUAUUAAUAAGGCAUAAGUAUAUUCCCAUAUUUUAGAAUGCUUAAUUUCAAGGAUAUUUUAAAAUGAGGAUGAAUCCCUAUUCCUUUAUAAAAUCAGUUAUAUAGCAUUCAUAAAGAAACAAUAUUCUUUGAGUUUGAUGAAAAUUAAACAGUAUUAGAUAUUCAAUGGACAUACUUAAAGUUGGUAUUUUAAAUUAAUGGUUCUUGAUAUAACAAAAAAUAUAGAGAAAGAGAUUUAACAAGUUCUUUAUAGUUCUAAUGUUGCUUAAAAUUGGAAUAAAUAUACUUAUUUAACAUCUAAAGAUUUAGUUGAAUUUGAAUAAUAGGAAAUUGAAUUGAUACCUUUAAUUGCAUAAUUAAUAAACAAAAAAAUAGAUAUAUGGUAAUCUUAAAUAAGGGGAUUCAAAAAUAUAUAUGAUUUAUAAAUGAAAUUAGUAAAUUUUUCAAUAUUAAUUGAUGAAAUUAGAAAGAUGUUAGGUGGUAUAUUUGAAAGAGAUAUUAAUGAUUUAAGCAUUAGUUUAAUAAAUAAUAUUUAUCAUCUUAGAAUUUUAUCAUUAUAUUAUUCUUUAAUAAUGAAUGAUUAAUUAAAUAGUUAUUUAUGUGAAAAGUAAAUUUAAAUUGUUUAUUAUUUUGAAUAAACACUUAAAUAAAAUGAAUUGACUUCUUUAGCCUUAAUUACAGACAAGAUUUCAGUAAUAGCUGUAAGUUUAGUAAAGAAAUAAGGAGAAAUAUUAAAUAAAAAUAAAUAAAAAAUUGGAAGUUUAUUUGGUUAUCAUAAAAGCAAUGAAUAUAAUGCAUUAUUAUCAGUCAAUUAAAUUAUACCUGAUUUUAUUAGUAAUAUACAUAAUGAAAUGUUAACAGAAUUUUUAAAAAAAGGAUAAUCCUCUUUUUUUGUUUAAUUUAAAACAGUUUUUGGUAAAAAUAGAGAUUAUUUUAUUAUGCCAUUAUAAUUAAAAUUUUCUAAUGACUUUAAUUUUGUAGAUGAUUUUGUUAUAAAGGGAGUUAUGUAUUAAGGUCAAAAAUAAUAAGAUUUUAUUUUAUUUGAUGAUUAAGGACAUAUAUAAGGAAUUACAUAAUAAUUUUAUGAAAUUCUAAUUAAAGAUAAUCAAAAAGUUAAUAAAAUAGAUUAAGAAGAAUUAACUAAAUAAAUGUAUAUAUAUUAUUUUAUGCCUGAAAUCUUUAAUAUUAUAUAAGAAUAUUAAUAAUAGAAAUAACAUAAUUAACUUGUAUAAUUUUUAGAAGAUACACAAUUUCUUAUUAUAUAAAAUCUAAUGGAAUUUCAUGAAGAUUUUUCUAGAUAAGCAAAGAAAUUUACAAAACAUACAGUUACAGAUCCUGCUUUAUAUGCAUCCAGUUAUACUAAUUGUUCUGAACUCACUAAUAAUAAUAUUAAAACUAUUUUAAGAAGAAGAAUGUUUACAGAAAUAGACAGAAGUUUAAUAAAUGAAGAAUUUGCUAAAAGUGCCAUCAAAUUUAUAUAAAAUAAUGUAAUUCUUCUGAUUAUUUGUAGCUUGAUAUCUAUGUCACCUACUUCAUUAAAUUUCAAUUAUAGUAUUAUCCUAUUUAGAAUGAAAAAGUUAAAGGUUUCUAUAUACUUGAAAUCAUUGAUUAUAGAAAAAACUAUGAUAAAAAAGUUGGAAGUGAAGCUGUCUUUAAAGAUCUUGAAUCUUAAAUGAAAUAAUCAAUAAGAAUAUAAAGUUAAUUUAUGUAGAGAAUUGAAAAUUAAACUGAGUUUGAUGAAAUUAAUGUAUGUUAAGUAGGUAAAUCUAAUACAAAUACUACUGAAAAUUUAAGACUUGAAACAAAUGGUAAUUCUAGUAAGAGAGUUAUAUUUCUUAAACCUGAGAUUUAAAGUUAAUUAAAUGAUUUUGCAGGAGUAGAUAAUUCAUGUUCAAGUUCUGAUGAAAAAUAAGAAGAUUACUUUUCACCUCCUCAAUCAAAUAGGUUGUAAUUUUGUAAAGAAAAUGAUAGCAUAUAACCUCAUCAAUAGAGUGUUAAGAAUCAAAAACGAAAUAUUAGUGAAAUGGAAAUGGCUAUUAAUUAAAGUUAAUCUAGUGGUAUUUCAAGAUAAUCAAGUAGAACUAGUACAUAUUUUAAUAAUCUUUUUUAAAAUAAAAUUAAAUAUUCAAAUAAUGUAAAAGCAAUAAUCAUAAUAUGUAUGUUAACUGUAACAGUUAAUCUAUUUUUAUGUAUUUUUAAUAGUAUUAAACUUUAUUCAGGAUAUUAGAAUUUUUAAACAAUAACUACUAAUAUGAAAGUACCUAUGAAUUUAAAUAGAUAUUAUUCUAAAACAGCAACAUUGGCUUGGAUAACUAUUUGUUCUAAUUAUAGUAUAUUAAAUAUUAGUUAGUUCUAGAAAAAUCAAAACAAAUAUUAAAUGAAAUUAAUUAAUGAAUUCAUGUUGGGAAAUGUGUCUUUAAUAUAUCCAUCUUUAAUUGAAACUGAAGAAUAAAUACCUUAUAUUAAUUAAUCUUAAGGAUUAUAUAAGUAUUAAGAAGUAAAGCUUACUUAAUUUAUAGAUUAUAUGAAUUUCUUUACUAAAUAAAUAUUGAUUAAUGAAGAUAUUAAUUUAGAUUAUAUAUAAGCUAUGAUUAUUUUAAGAUAUAAUAUAAAAAAUAUGCGUAAUAUAACAGAAUAAAUAAUGGAUGAAUUGGAAAAUUAAUUUAAAUUAAUCACAGAUUUAUAAUAAACUAAUCAAUUAAUUUCCAUUAUUACAAAUUCAAUUUUAAUGUUAAUUCUAUAUUGCGUAUAAUUCAUAUUUUGUUUGAAAAUAGAAAUUCAAAAUUAGACUCUUACUUUAUUAGUUGGAAGAGUAAAAGAAUAAGAAAUUAUGAAUGAAAUUGUGAAAGUAUAAUAUCUAUUAUAGUCUUUAAAAAAUAUUGCUGGAGAAGAUUCAUGGAAAAGAAUCAAUUUUUGGUCUUAUGUCUUUUAGAAUGAUUAUGAUAACAUAUAUAAAGCAAGACUUAUUUAAAAUAAAUCAAAUAGGACUUCAAAUUUAAAUUCCAGAAUAAAACACAUAAGAAUUAAAUUUUAAUUUCAAUUAUUAAAGAUAAUCAUUUUCUUAUUAAUUUAUUUAUGUUUCAUAUGGGGAUUAUAUAUAUUAUAUAAUUCAUAAACUUAAUAAAUGAAUCCAAUUGUAUAAUUAGAAGCUUAAUAUGUUAAAUUUAGUGUUAAUAUUGAUAUUCUUGUAUUUAGUGGAUUGAUAAUAAAAUCAUAACCUUAAAUUUAUAGUAAAUUUAUUGAAAAUAAAAUUUAUUCUUAAUAAUAGAUAAAUACAUUUGAUGAUGGUAAUCAAAUGAUAUAAUUAUUCACUGAAAUGUAAACAACAUUCAGUGAAACUAUGAAAUCUUUAUUUAAUGAUGUAAUUUCUACCUUACCAUAAACUGAUGAUGUUAGUUCUCUAAAGAAACUCAUUGAUUAAGAUGUUUGUUUAGUACUUUAUAAUGAAAUACCAUUCUGCUAAUAUUAUAAUAGUUCCUAAAUUGAAUUUAUUAAUAAAUAUGGUUAAUAUUAUGAAUAUGACAAUGAUUUGGAUUAUUUAAAAAGUGGAAUUCUAGGAAUUAUGGGUAUAUAAGCUAGCUAUUAUUAAUUAAAUUAUGGAUAUGAAAUGGAUUAUAUUUAAUUUAAUCCAAAUCAAAAUGAAAUCAAUAGUGUUUACUAAACUAUUGAAUUUAAUCAUAUAAUUUUAUCUCAUUUUAAAGAUUCGUAUCUAUGUUUUGUAAGAUUUUUAGAACUUCUUACUAAAAAUAUCUCAGAUAUCAGAUACUCUGAUUUCAUUAUUUUGUUACUCUAUAUUUACAUUGCAGGAUUACUAUAUUUCAUUUUAUAUAUAAUAUUCCAUUACUUUUGGAUAAAGAAGUCCAAUAAAUACAUAAGAUCACUAAAACUAAGCCUUGUUGUUAUUCCGAAUGAAUAAUUAUUCAAUAGUAGCAUUAUCAAUAUAUUAAGAAAAUUUGAAUGA